UGUUUGAAAAUUAAAUAUUGGAUCGUUAAUGGAUCAUUCCUGGUUCCUUAAUUGUUUAAAGUAUAAACACGGAAACUUCAAAUUUAAUGGAGAAUGUUUAUAAUCAUUCUAAAGAACAUUCUUUGACAUUUUGUUUUCGAAUAUUAUCUCUUUGAAAUGUUGGGCGCGGUUACGUCUCAGAUGAUCCAUCCGUUGUCCAAUUUUCGAUGACUCGUUCAAGCAUUUCGACUGGUAAAUGGCGAAUGACACGCGAAAUGUUUUGCUCCAAGACCUGAAUCGAAGCGGUAUUGACCGCAUAGACUUUAGACUUUACAUAUCCCCACAGCAAAAAGUCUAACGGUGGCCUUGGUGGCUAAUCGACCGGCCCAAAACGUGAAAUUAUCUACUCACCGAAGUGUUCUCUCAAUAAAUUCAUUGAUUAAUGCGAUGUGUGGGAAGUAGCGCCAUCUUAUUGAAACCAAAUGUCGCAGAGAUCCCGAGCUUCAAUUUCAGGCAUCAAAUAGGCGGUUAUCAUUUCGCGAUAACGGCUGUCAUUGACGGUUACGUUCUCACCGGCAUCAUUGUUGAAAACCGCUAGCAUUUUCGAAGCGGUAGUAUUAGGCUUCGAUAAGACCUUUGGAGUUCUAGUACGGGAGGAUAGAGAGAACUAAAUUUUGUAAUUAACUUCCAGGUUAUGAAAACCAUUUGUAAGUUAACUUCGCGGUACUAGUAGACACUCGUCUUCUCCCUCUCCACAGCAUUCACCAACUUUCUAGCUUCGCUAUUUAUGGCCAAUCACAAAUAUCAUUUAUUGAAUGAAAUGAAUAGUUUCUACUGAUAAAAUACCUAUUCAAAGCGAUUUAGAGAUGCUCACCCUCCAGUUUCUACUCUUACAUGUACUGACCUCGGUGGACGACACUUGAAGCCAAACAAAAAAUCCCAUUGUUAUUUAGAGAAUGCAAAAAUCGUCUACCUAAUUGCAUCUUGCCUAAGUUUUAUGUUAAGAUCGUGUUUUUGAAAUACUUUAAGAGCAUUAAUAAGUGGGCAAUAACAACAGCAAUAAUAGAAAAGCAAUUAAUUUCAAUAUUUGCGUCAACUGCAGUCCACAUAUUUCACUGCUAAAACAAUACAACAACACAAUUAUUAGUUUAUUAUUAGUUUUAACAAAUACUAUAUGUGAGCACGUAAGCUUGAAUAAAUAGUGCCUUUAAGGUAUUAUUUCGAUUAAGACCCUCUAUUUAUUUACCGUAAAGUGAAGGAAUUAAGUGAAAUUUAAAAUAGUUAUAUAUGAGAAAUAGACGUGGUUGUAAUCAGAUUUCGUAACCCUGAAAUGUCAGGUUAAUGUCAAAUUAGAGGGGUAGUUUCAGAGGUUAAGAUUUCACCUAAAAGUGGUGGCCGACACACCCAUUGUUCUUGACCAGUUGCAGAGUCUUCUAUGUGGAGGUAGUAGUAGACCUACAGCUCCGGAGCUCAGCUUACUUCAGAUCGGUGACUAUCCACUCCGUCAGAAGGGCAGCGAUAUUAACUUUGAGUUCGCAUACUGUGCGUUCAAAAAUGGUGAAGGAAUGUCUAGACUCCUUGUCUCUAACAUUGAGUUAUUUUAUGAUUAGACUGGCUUCGGUACCCGGCUACAGCGGUAUUGCAGAAAACUGUGAGGCUGAUAAGCUUCCUAGGACAAGCACUGCAGUCUCAAUAUCUGCGCAACGCGAACGGUCACGAGUUCCAUUGGCCUCCUUUGACCCAAUACGGCACUGUUCGGCCUCACACCAAAUUAGCAAGUGCAAGUCGACUACCAGUAGCUCCACAAUCGCAAAGUGAUCCUCGUUCAGUGUAAAUCACAGGAGGUACAGGGAACUCUCCGUUCUCAGCAAGGUCCACCUUUCAGUGGUUGUCAGAGUUCUGACUGGACACAGUUUUAUCGCAAUUCAAUCAUAAGAUUGAAUAUCUUACCUGAUGCCAGCCGAAUCAGCUGUUUGGAAGAAAAUGAGACAGAUUAUCUCAACACUUCCUCCACGGUUGCCCGGCUUUUGCCAGAUCAAGGCAAAACCACCUCGGAUGUCAUACUUUAAGACAUUCAGGAGAAAUAGUUGAAAUAUAAACAAAACCAGAGACACUUCUUUAUCAUAAAGAAUGUGAAAUUUAAUGGUGUUGGCGAAUUCAUUUUGUGAGUUGAGCACUUUCAGUAGUGUUCAACAUAACCGCCACAUGGGGAAGGGUUUGAGGAGGAGGGGAAAAUAAUGGUUUUUACUCAAAUUAGCGCUUAAAUAUAUGGACGGUCAGGAAGACAGUCCAUCGAAAUUCAACUAGUCAUCCUGAUCAUAUCUAUAAGAGGCCAAUUUGAAAGUUUCCGGGCUGACACAUGGAUAGCGCUACUUAAUUAUUAAAUUAAAUCCAUAUGAUUUUUUAAUUAGCCCGAAUCUUUCCACGUCACUGUUGACAGUCAUAUCUUUGAAGUGGUAGCCUCGAAAUCCAUUUUUUUUAUUGACUUCCUUAAAAAUGGAGGGGCUAUCAACAACGACUAUUACGUAGCGUUAUUGGGCCUUUUGAAGAAUCGCCAAAAAACGGCCGCAUUUGAAGAAAAAAAUGGUGUUUCACCAAGACAAUGCAAUCUGCAAUGUGAAAACGAUGGUAACAUCCACGAGUUGGGUUUCCAAUUACUCCCGCAGCCAUCGCAAUCUCGAGAUCUGUCCGCUAGCGACAACUUCUUGUUCUCAGAUCUGAAACUAAUGUCUGCUGGGAAGAAAUUUUCAUCCAAUGAACAGGUGAUUGGCGAAACUCAGGCCUAUUAUGAAGUAAUCGUAGUAAAAAAAAUUGUAUCGAAAAGUUGGAGGGUCGCUAUAAUCGGUGUACUACCCUUGAAGGGUUUUACCAAAACAAUGUUUUGUACUGUAGCAGUCCGGGGACUAUUCAAUUGAUAUGCUAUUAUAAGAUGUUACAGUUUACAUAAAAUAGUAAUAAAAUAUUUAUAAAAAAAAUUUGUCAAACUAAGAAAUGCUCAACUUAAACUUUUUUACAAUAUGGUCCCUUUAUUUAAAUAUAUUAAUAUAAAUCAUUUUGAAUUUAGAUUAAAUUAAAUAGUUGAAAUUACUUUUGCAAUACAAAGGUAAAAAAGAGUAAAUUAAUAAAUUAAAAUUAAUUAUUCAUUAUAAUUUAAAAAUUUCAAUUUUUUUUGCUACGUUUGCCUACAAUAACUGCGCACAAACACGCGUAGAAAUCGCAAACUAAAGCGGCGCCUCAUUGCACUGCCUUCACCGAUGUCGUGCUUCAACACUGUCCCAACAAUGCAUCUAUGCCGGCAGCUGCAGCGAAUGAGUUGUUGACUGCAGUCGAUGAGGCAGAACGGAUGCAACGAAUUAACGCCUACGCAUUGUUUUCUACAAACAAUUCAACCAAUGACGACAACGACGAGACAGGUACUGAGACAUUGGCCAUACUGAGUGAGUAGCCUCAGACACGCAGACACAAAUAUAUAUGUACGUGUGCAAAUAUAUAAAUAUAUAUUUAUGUAUAUAUCUAUAUGUACUGUGGCUACGUUGAUAGACGUCACUGGUUGUAACAAAAAAAAGAAAAAAUUUGCGACAGUGUGCCAGCCGAGUUCAUUGCAUUGGCGUGGGAAAUUGGAACGUUGAUAUAUUCAUUAGUGAUGUAGAAAAGUGACAACAACAAAAAAAAUGUAUAAUUAUAUUGAGCUUUAAAGAUUGUAGAUGAAUGGCAGACAAGAUGAAAGAAAACUGAUUUUAAAAAAAUAAAUAUUAUUGGAAAAAUUUUAAUGAGUACUACUAAAGGAGUAAAUAAGAACAUUUUUGAUUAAUGGAGACAUCAAAUUCAAAAAUUGUUUAGCUGAAUCUGACAGAUGACCGAAAAUCAUUACAAACACCAAAAAGAUCGAGGGUUAAAAUCUUAAAGUAGGUAUAAUGAAAAGUCCUUCAAAGAAACUCCCAAAUGGCAUUUAUUCCCUGACUGCCACUUUCAAACCUCCAAUUAUAGAUCUGUCUUCGAAAAGCUUCUUUCGUAGUUCAUCAGUCGUUAGGAAGCCGUUUAAACCAUAACCAAGGUACACUCCACAUAUUUUAGAACGUUUUCAAAUUCGCCCUAGAUCCUAUGUAACUGACAGGUCAUAUGAAACAGAAACUACUUCCCUGGCUUUCAAGAGUAUGAAAUGUUUGGUGAAACCCGAACUUAGCUCUUCCUUACUUGUUUCAACUUGUUCUAUCUACCAAAUGAGUCCCUUCUUUUCCUUCUUCCUAUAUAGUCGUGGGUCAGUGUGGGCCGAGAACAAAAAACUUCACCAGUUGCUUCUAUCCUUUGCAUUUGAUCUUUUCGUUGAAUGUGCGGGCGCCUUGCUUGCGUUGUCCUCCCAGAGGUAUUGAGUUGAAGAAGCUAUUCGCUGGAUCAUCAUUUUUCGUACGAAUAAUAUGAACUAACUAGCGCAUUCGUUGAAUUCUUAUACGCUUAACUACAUAUAUCCAUGUCGCCGUAUAGCUCAUACUGUUCGUGGUUCCAUCUUUUGCGAUACUCAUCGCUCAAGCAGACGGCUCCAAAGAUCUUGCGAAAAACAGUUCUCUAUCUAGGUUCUUCAUCAUCCAUGUUUCUGCGCCGUAUAGUAGGAAGGGAAUAAUGAAACAGUUAUAGAGCGUAAUUUUUGUUCGUUCCGUGUGAGAUUUGCCUCUCAAUUGCCUACCGAUCCUAAAGUAGUUGGUAAGAGUUAUUCUACGCUUGAUCUCCAACCAAAGAUUUCGCAGGAAUUUAUGCUAAUUCCCAGAUAUACGAAGUCCCUAACUUUUUCAAGUUUAUAGCUACAACUACCAAUAGUAACGAAGGUCACAAGACACUAGGAAUCUUUGUAAGUUGGCUCCAGGCACUUUGUCUUACAUAUUUAAAAAGACGUUAGAUAGCGAAUCACACUAUCUACAGCCUCGUUUGGUGUCGAAGCUCGGAGAUUCGCAAAUUGACCGUGCUUCUAGGAUACCAAAUUUAUAUUAAAUUUAUUAUAUCAAAAACGGGGACAAAAUUGUGAUGGGUUUCGAUCUGUUGGUAAAAGGUUGUCUCCAGGAUUUGUCAUAUUGUAAGUAGAAGGCAAAUUAUACUCUUAUUCAAGUUAUUGGGCAUGUAUUCAUCCGACCAGAUUAUGCUUAUAAGCAGGAACAUGCGCCUUUCAAGGACCUCGCCACCAGCAUUUAACAGCUCAGCCGGUAAUUCAUCGGCCUCUGAAGCAUUGUUGUUCUCAAGCCGCCAUAGUGAUGUUUUCAUCUCGUCGAGUGGUGGGACGACGAUGUUGUCGCUGUAGAUUAUCGGUGCGAGUUCUUCAUCUCCGUCGCAAAAGUGCUUCCGCCAUUAAGCACGUUCGAGAAGUGGUCCCUCCACAUUGCUAGUGUACUCUUUGUGUCUGUUAUCUCUCUUUACAGAAACCGGCCCCGGACUUGAAAUCAAUUGUUAGCUGCUGCGGGCAGAACUUCUGCUAGCUCUUCAUAUUCAUAUCUUUUUACCUCUCUUCUUUUGUUUGGAAACGUGCUGGACGUCUCUGUUCUAAGUUGCCCUUAAUUUCUCCCUUUGGACAGAAACUGGGUAAUUGUGUGCAAAAUAAUCCGUCCUGGACUUCUUAGACAUAUUUUCAGUAGAAGAAAUGCAGGGACUCUUUUGGAACUCUUAGGUCAAUUUCAAGACAAAAAAUGUCUCUACUUUUUAAAAUGAGUUUGCCUUGAUAUACUGUAAAUAUAAGCACAUAUAUAAUAUAUAUUUCCAGUCAAGUAAUCGUCCAAAAGUAUUGUUAACACACGUUCUUAGCUGAUAUUUCCAACAAAUAGAAAAUGUAAAAAAAUAAACUAACCUCUGACUUUGAAUCAAAAACUUGGUUCACAAGUGAUGAUGGAAGACACCGACUACCAAUCUGUAUUGCAUUAUUAAUGCUAAUUCGAAACACGCGUCAUUUGAAUUUUAAAUAAAAUAAUAUAAAGAGUAAAUUAAAAAGUAAUUGUAAUCCCUUUUAAGAAGUCUUCUCUUAAUAUGAAAAAAAUGCGCAAAUAUUGUCCCCAUUUAUGUACAUAUUAUUAUAUUUGCGUAUAUUAGGGUAGUACUUAAAAUUUUCAUAUAUGUAAGUAGAAUUAAUUUUUGUCGAUAAACUUUUUGUGCUGAGAAGCUCAAAGUUUCGGCAAUGGGUAAACGCCGACAGCAUUCGUGUUCAUAAGAGGCUCCAAGCCUUCCCUCAAAGCGACUCUCAAUAACCAGGUGUCGAUCUGCUGUAAAACUAUUCGUAUAGAAACUUAUAACUUAUCCUUACAUCCCUGUCCACCUCACCCACCUCAGGCAAAAUUCGGGACCGAGUUUAAGUUUAAUUCUACAGGUUUUCAAAAAUCCUUGGUGUUGGGUAGAAACGGGACAGACAAGUAAUAGGCAGGAUUAAUAAUAAUGUAAAAUAGCGUUGCUCUAAGCGCAUAUACUGUUCUUUGAUGCUUUUCAAUCAGCAUUACAACUGUUGUAUAGAACCAAUGAGUUUCGCCGCGUUUGACAGCGCAGCUUGUAUCCAUUUCCAGUGGGCUCUGGGAAUUUUCCUUCAGGAUCGCUCUCAUUCAGGUCCACACCAGCAACUGAUUUAGCGGGUGUCACACUUAUUGUGUUCGGCUUUUUACAUGACGGCCUGGCUGACCUCUGUCUCUUGGCUGCCACUGCUGGCGGUUCAACCUGAAUUAAUGAACAUCCGGAGCUCACGAUAGCUUUGCCUUGUCUCAACCCUCGUUUGGUAUCGAACGGCUUGGAGAGGUUCUUCCCGAUCCUGACGAAUCUUUUGGUAUAGCUCAACGUCAACAGAGGUGGUGCAUGUAGAUUCUCUUUUCACGGGCCUCUUCCAAGUUUUGGCGCAUCGUGAAUAUCUGAACCACAGAAACCACAUUGUUUUCUUCUUUUCUUUGGUAGGGUUUAAUAGGUGGCGGGUCCUAAAACCAGCGCACAGCCCUGGAGAGCGAAUAUUUCGACUUUUCUAUUUAGCUCGCCUUCAAACGCAUGCUUUGUGGCUACCCAAGGGAAGUUGUGAGCUGCUUGAGCUACUAUAUGUAAAAUAAUCGUUUUUCAAUCCUCCAAUAUAGCGAAAAUAAUGAAGAAGAAUUUUUUAUUUUGAAUUCCAACUAUUUUUUUUCGUUAUAGUAACAUCCUAAUGCCAUGCUUGCUAUGAAUUUAUAAUUCCUCAACGUAAAAAAUAAAAAAAAAACUGACUUUAAAUUCGCAUUAAAAAAAUGUAUGCAAAUGAAGCAACAGCGUCAGCAGCGCCUUUUGUGAAUGAAUGAAUUAAUCGACAGCAACACGAACUAAAUAUUGCAGGCGCUACUUGCACAGGUACAUAUAUGUCAUGUCAAAUAGAAAAUCAAACAACAAAGCAAAAGAGCGCAAAACUUUGUCGGCAGCCACUUUGCAUGCAACGCACUAACCGAAAACAACAACAACAUUUACACACAACAAACAACAUUGCAGUUCAUUAACGAAUUUCAUGUGUUAUUCUAUAAAUUCUUGUCGCUGUCAGGUUGUCAACGUGUCACACUGCAGCAUGUAAGUGUGUAUGUGUCUGCGAUCACUAAUCCUUGAUAUUUGUGGCAAAAAUAAAAACAAAAAAAAAAAUACAAGAAAACAAACAACAAAAAAUGUGUGCAAAAUAACGCACGUGUUGCAUACAAAAUAAAAUAAAACGUCAAACGAACGCAAAUAAUUAUGCGAGUGCAGAGCAACAUAAAUCAAUCAAAUGAAAAAGAAACGCACAAAAUAAUAACAACAACAACAGCAAAGCCUUUGAUAUGAAUUUUAAUGACGUGCAAUAAUUUAGGCGCCACUUACGCUGAUUAGCAGUGAUAUUUACCUUAUAAUCGCAUUUAAAGCGUCGUAAUUGAACGCACACAUAUACACAUGCAUACAUAAAAUAGUGUUUAGUGAAAGUGUUCGUGUCUAUAUGUCGUUAAAUGUGAAUGUAGCAAAAGUGUUAACAAGUGAAUUUAAGUUUUUUUCGAUAACAAAAUUGUACAAAAAUGCCGAAGGAACGCAACUCCAGGCCUUACGAGGCUCAUGAGCGUCGUGAAUUGCUUAAUUUUCCGCCUAAAGCGCAGGUACUGCAACGUAGAACUAGCGAUGGCAAGCUAUAUGUGCCUCUACCGAUCUCCGAAGAGUUCACCGUGAAGAAUGCGGUCACGACGGACUGGAUUUUGGAGGAACCGCUGGCGUUGCAAGAGUUGCUAGCACAUGAU